AUGGAAGCGUUAUUCAAUUCGACAAAAACGAACCCUCGCGGAAUUCCAGAAGCGCCAUUCGUUGAAAGAGUGGAAGACUUUUUGAAAGACCCUAACGACUUCGACCUGUGCUUCAACAAAUUCCAAGAGAGGCUCUCUAAGUACAAGUUCAUGCAGGAGUCGAAGCUUGUCACAGUUAGGCAACUCAGACAGAAGAUCCCCGACAUAGAAAACACGCUUAAUAUGUGCAGGGCGUUGGAAAAAAAGAAGGAAAGCGGUUCAAAUAUGGAGACUAACUACCAGCUCAACGAGACGCUCUAUACUAAAGCGGAAAUUGACACAAGCGAAGACCUCAAAGUCGGGCUAUGGCUGGGGGCCGAUGUAAUGCUAGAAUAUCCAGUCGAAGAAGCGAUAACGCUUUUGGAAGGCAAACUGUCAGAUGCUAAGCAAAACCUGGAGGUCAACCAGGAAGACGUCGAAUUUCUCAGAGAGAAUAUCACCACAAUGGAGGUCAACUGCGCCAGGCUUUACAACUGGGAUGUCGAGAAGCGCCAACAGCUGAAGCAUGCCCAGCAAGGAACUGAAAACCUGAAAAUAUAG